AUGGGAGUGGAGCAAGAACCGUUUCGGAUCGUGAUCCCUCACGAAUCGGGGACUCAUGCUGUCGCCUACAUGGGUUCUCAACCAGUGCUUCCAAAUUGGGAUGCGGAGAAGUUGCCGACGGAGCGGAUGCGGAAGGUGCGGGUCCUGUGUUGGAUAAUGACCAUGCCGGGGAAUCACGAAAAGGCGAUGCACGUGAAGAAAACCUGGGGGAAGCGUUGCGAUCAACUCAUCUUCAUGAGCUCCCGGCAUGAUCCAUUGUUGCCCACCGUGGCACUGGACGUUAAAGAAGGUCGGGAUCAUCUGUCUGACAAAUCUCACGCGGCAUGGAAAUACGUGUACCAACACCACCUCAACGAUUCGGACUGGUUCCUGAAAGCAGAUGAUGACACCUACGUCGUGCGGGUCCUGUGUUGGAUAAUGACCAUGCCGGGGAAUCACGAAAAGGCGAUGCACGUGAAGAAAACCUGGGGGAAGCGUUGCGAUCAACUCAUCUUCAUGAGCUCCCGGCAUGAUCCAUUGUUGCCCACCGUGGCACUGGACGUUAAAGAAGGUCGGGAUCAUCUGUCUGACAAAUCUCACGCGGCAUGGAAAUACGUGUACCAACACCACCUCAACGAUUCGGACUGGUUCCUGAAAGCAGAUGAUGACACCUACGUCGUCAUGGAGAAUCUCCGCUACAUGCUCCACAAGCACGAUCCUCUGAAACCAGUUUACUUUGGCUGUCGUUUCCACGGUUUCAUGAGCGGGGGAGCAGGAUAUGUGCUGAGCCGAGAGGCAGUGAAUAGAUUAGCGGAAGAGGCAUUACUGAAUCCUAGAACCUGUCCUCUUGGGAAGGAUGAAGAUGUAUCCAUCGUGGGAGUGGAAGCGGGCGAUUCCCGAGACGAGUUUGGACGCUGGCGCUUCUUCCCCUUCGAUCCAGAGACUCAACUCAACCCCAUUGUGGAGCACCGAUUCAACUGGUUGUUCAGAUUCACUCACUACAAUUACACGGAAGGACCCGAGUGCUGUUCGGACACGGCCAUCGCCUUCCAUUACGUCUCUCCCAAUCUCAUGCACGCGAUGGAGUAUCUCGUCUACCACUUACAUCCGUACGGAGUCUGCUCUAUCAACCAGGCUGAUGAUGCUUAG